AUGACUGACGCGAGUGAAAAUCUAGCUACUGUUGCAAACGGCAUACGGUCCUCUCCUUCCCCCAACAUUCCGAACGGCAAACCCGCGUCCCCCUACGUGAAGGAAAGCAAUCCCAUGGGAACAAAUGCGGCGCAGACCGUCAGCUCCAAAGACCCCAAGGCCGCCGCUGCCGCUGCAAAUGAUAUGCGAAAUGUUGUUCGAAGAAAAUUGACUGGCUACGUUGGGUUUGCCAACCUGCCGAAUCAAUGGCAUCGAAAGAGUGUCAGGAAGGGAUUCAACUUCAACGUGAUGGUUGUUGGUGAAUCUGGUUUGGGCAAAUCCACAUUGGUCAAUACAUUGUUCAACACCUCCUUGUACCCUCCUCGCGAACGUAAAGGCCCCAGCCUGGACAUCAUCCCAAAGACGGUCUCUAUUCAGUCCAUCAGUGCUGACAUCGAGGAAAAUGGUGUUCGCCUGCGUUUGACUGUGGUUGACACCCCUGGAUUUGGAGAUUUUGUCAACAAUGAUGAUUCCUGGAGACCGAUCGUCGAGAACAUCGAACAGAGAUUCGACGCGUAUCUCGAAGCCGAGAACAAGGUCAAUCGGAUGAACAUCGUUGACAACAGAGUCCACGCCUGCGUGUAUUUCAUUCAACCCACAGGGCACUCCUUGAAGCCUCUUGAUAUUGAGGUCAUGCGUCGCCUUCACACCAAGGUCAACCUUAUUCCAGUCAUUGCAAAGGCCGAUACAUUGACGGAUGAGGAAGUCGCUUUGUUCAAACAACGAAUUUUGGCCGACAUCCAGCAUCACUCGAUCCAGAUCUUCGAGGGCCCACGAUACGAAUUAGAUGAUGAAGAGACAAUUGCAGAGAACCAAGAGAUCAUGUCUAAAGUUCCAUUUGCGGUUGUGGGUGCCAACUACGAGGUGACCAAUCCUGAAGGCCGCAAAGUCCGUGGUCGUCGCUAUCCUUGGGGUAUCAUCGAAGUAGACAAUGAAGAUCACUGCGAUUUUGUUAAAUUGCGACAGAUGUUGAUCCGCACUCACAUGGAAGAACUCAAAGAACAUACCAACAACGCUUUGUACGAGAACUACCGUUCCGACAAGCUUAUCCAGAUGGGUGUCUCGCAAGACCCGAGUGUGUUCAAGGAGGUCAACCCUGCGGUGAAGCAGGAAGAAGAGCGAACACUCCACGAACAAAAGCUUGCCAAGAUGGAGGCAGAAAUGAAGAUGGUGUUCCAGCAGAAGGUGCAGGAGAAGGAAAGCAAGCUGCAACAGAGCGAAGAAGAACUCUUCGCCCGUCACCGUGAGAUGAAAGAGCAAUUGGAGCGUCAACGGGCUGAACUGGAGGAGAAGAAAGCACGGAUCGAGCAAGGCCGUCCGAUUGAGAAAGAGGGCAAGAGAAAGGGAUUCUCGCUCCGAUAG